AUACAGAUACAGCCACAGAACCUAAUGUUAUUGGCGGGUCGUCGACUAACCGCACAACCACAAUUACGCGAGGCAUUUCGAAAGGGUUUUGUGACCGGCAUGGCCACCGAGGCGAGUUACAAGAUUAGAGAGGUGGACGGGGACCUAUUCUCCGCACCCAAGACCCAUUCGUUGGCACAUUGCGUGGGCGCUGAUCUCGCAAUGGGAGCGGGAAUCGCUGUGCAGUUCAAGAAGAUCUAUGGCAAAGUGGACGAGCUCCGGGCCCAGAAUGCGGCCAGUGGAGAGGUGGCGGUGCUCAAGGAUGAUAAACGUUACAUCUACUAUCUGGUGACCAAGCCGCAGAGCUGGGGCAAGCCCACCUACGACUCUCUACAGGCAUCCCUAGAGCAGAUGCGCGAACAUAUGCGCGAAAACGAAGUGGAUAAGCUGGCCAUUCCGAAGAUUGGCUGCGGCAUCGAUGGCCUGGAGUGGGACAAAGUCAGCAAAUUGCUGGAGUACGUCUUUGGCCACGAGGAGCUGGAGAUUGUAGUGUACAACUUUGUGCCGCCACAGGGUCAAUAACUCGAGUUACAUAGAUUCAUUUGUGUCCUCUUAUUUUCGAAUUUCUGCAUAAUUAAACACAACUAGUUCCACGGCAUCCGA